AGGGUAAGUGUUGGCGCUCUUGAGCGCAGCAAGGUCCGUGCGACUGUCGGCUGCAGUGCGCAGUACAGUGGUCCGCAGGCAGAUAGGAGAAAUGAGCCAAUACAAAGCAAGGAUGAAUUCAACAGAAGGGUUGCAGAGUCGUCGCGGACGUGGCAGAAGAUCUUAUGUAUGGGGGAAGCGAUGCGGCGGGACUGGGAUGUCGCCGUGGCUAUAUAAACUGUUGGAGAGAAGACAUGAUGCAACCGGGGAACGUCAAGGAUGCCAUUCGGAGGCCAGCAAACACCACGCGACGCACAGCAGUUGCUGCGCAACACAAGGCGCGCCCGACAUCGCUUCCUAUCGCUAUUCUCGCCUAUCGGGCUCUCACCCAGACGCUGCGCCCCACAAUGCACAACCUCCGCAGCGAUCGUUAUAUAUAGCCAUGUCUUCUUCAUUGUGUCUGACGCACGUACUGGAAUUUCGCGCAAGUCGACAUACAUAUAUCCUCGCUGGAGUUUGAUGCUAGGACCUUCGAGCUACUCCCUGUAUGAAGUAUCAUACGUCAUGACGUCCGACUCUGUCGUAUGCUACUCACGUCCUCGGGUCCGAAAGAAGGAGGUAAGAAUAGGACGCCGAACAAGUUGGAAAGCAUCCGUUACUUAUUCGCGCGCGUUAGAUCUAGUGCCAGCAGCGAUGACCGCGCUGUUCUCCACAGGCUGCAAGGCUCUGCAUCUGGGCUUGUUAGCCCGGCCGGUUGGGUCCCUGCCUGCAGGCAUUCCUCUUGAACCGAGGGCUCGAGCAUGACAGAGCAACUGGACGAUAGUGGAGGUUGGGACGCUGAAACCUGCCGGCUGCGCUCGAGCGACGAGCGUCGUCGAGCGUCGAGCGAUGUAAGUAC